AUUGGACGAUUAGUCAUUGGUCAGAAUGGAUUGUUGUCUACUCCUGCUGUGUCCUGCAUCAUUCGGAAAAUCAAGGCAAUUGGUGGAAUUGUUCUGACAGCUAGCCACAAUCCUGGUGGGCCUGGUGGAGACUUUGGAAUCAAGUUUAAUGUUGCCAAUGGAGGUCCUGCUCCUGAUACUGUAACAGACAAAAUUUUUCAGAUCAGUAAAACUAUAGAAGAGUAUGCUAUUUGUCCUGACCUGCGUGUUGACCUCUCAAGGGUGGGAAGACAGGAGUUUGACCUGGAAAAUAAAUUUAAGCCAUUUAGAGUUGAAGUGGUGGAUUCAGUGGAGGUAUACCUCAAUUUACUCAGAACACUUUUUGACUUUAAUGCUAUAAAAAAGCUUGCUUACUGGACCCAACCAACUGAAGAUAAGAAUUGACGCCAUGAAUGGAGUAAUGGGUCCAUAUGUCCGACGAAUUUUGUGUGAUGAAUUAGGAGCACCUGCCAACUCUGCAGUCAACUGUGUCCCCCUUGAAGAUUUUGGUGGGCAGUAUCCUGACCCUAACUUAACAUAUGCCACUGGGCUUCUGGAGGUUAUGAAGGGAGGGGAACAUGGAUUUGGAGCUGCAUUUGAUGCUGACGGAGACAGAUACAUGAUUUUAGGACAAAAUGGAUUCUUCGUGAACCCUUCUGAUUCCUUAGCAGUAAUUGCUGCCAACCUCUCCUGUAUACCCUACUUUCGGCAAAUGGGAGUUCGAGGUUUUGGGAGAAGUAUGCCAACAAGUACAGCCAUAGACAGGUUGGUAACC